AUGGCCGGUUUGCCUCGUAGGAUUAUUAAGGUACGCCUCGCUUCAGACAUUGUUUCUAAAACUUAUGGAUUUUCUUUUCGAUUUUUGGGGGGUAAAUCGUGUUACGAUAACACUUAUUCUAACAUGUAGCCUAACAGUAGCGCGGCUAACACAGUUAGCUCGCUGCUCGAAUGGUAUUUUUCCCCCCUUUCUUGUUUUCUACUUCCUGCCCUGAUAUGUUAAAGAGUAGAUUCUUUACCACACUGAAGCAGCAGUCUGCCAAACUUUAGGUUGAUUCUAUGUGGCAUGAAUUGAGAAAUUGUGAGAGUGUGUCCCUGUUGCCCUAUGAAUGGGUCAGCUAAGCUAGCAGCUGUAGCUUCACUGAGCCGUGUUAACACAUGUUUGGCACCGAGACGCUCCCUCGCGAUCUAAAACAUUAAUAAACCUUUGUCAUAAUCAAAAGUGACAGCUUUUUCUGUCUUGAACUGUAUGAAACUUAACAGGCCUGUUGCAUUGCGGUCCCCUCCUCGACCUGAGCCCAGCUGUCCUGGUUCAGGCCCUGGAGUGGGCGCGAUCAGCUCCUUCAUCAGCAGAUUUUCACGCACCGGCCUUAGCUGUCAAUGUAAAAAUAGUCUUUAUAUUGAUAAAGACAUGAAUGUUAUCAUAAGAGACACUACCCCAGAUCAAGCUUGCUGUAAUAAGCUGUUAACUGUAGAUAUUUCCCCGCACCUGCUCGACGACAUGAAUGAAAAUAUCAGUUUCGUUUCCUCUCUUUGGUUUGUGUUUUUAUCAGUCUCCUAAUGUGGCACAACGCCUGGUGUGUUUAACAGUCAAAUUUUGUAGGUUUACUUCAAACAUAGUUGGUGAUUUGUACCAACACACAGAGCAAACAUUAGAUUAUGAACACCUAAUGUUUUUUAUUAAAACAGCUCAACCACAAACUUAGCUGUCAGAGAAGAGGGAUGGGAAUUGAUAAGAUUUUAUUGAUAUCGAUGCCAUUAUCGAUUCUGCUUAUUGAUUUAAUUCUUGAAGGAUUUUCUUAUUGAUGCCUUUCUUUGAUUUUAAAAAAGUAGACAAUAGGUUUUCACUGAUAAGUCAAAAUUUAACUGAAAAGAGAUGUAUGCCACCUUCAGCGAUAGUCUAAAAAUCAUCAAACAGCAAACUAUUUGUACAGCAUUCACUUGGGUCAGUAUCAAUGUUGCAUUCAAGUCACCUAGGAGGUCAGAUGUCAGAGCUGGGAAAUUGGAGGCAGAAACAAGGCGGCUACAUCUACAAAAGUUAUUUCAGCGCUUGCCUUGUCCGAAUGUAAGUAACUUCUGGACAAAUAUGCGGUCCUUCUGCAACAUCUAGUUUCCGCCUCCGAUUUUGCUUAUUUCCAACUUGGUAACUGAAACGCUAGUAACUCUAGCGUGAUUUUAUUCCCAGCUCCGAUGUCUGACUUCCGAGGUAACCCGAACGCAGCAUAAGCCAAAUACAUAAUACUUUGUUAAGUCUGGCAUGCAUUGUGCUUGUGUUAACACAGGACAUAUGUUGAUUGAACCAUUUGGAACCGUUUCUCAACAAGGACCGGUUCUCAAUUCCCAUCCCUAUCAGAGAGCCUACAAGUUUUCAGUCCAUGUGAUCAGAAUGGUGGUGAUUGUACUUGCUGUACUGGAGUGUGUUAUAUUGAAGGUUUUUCUUGUAUUUUGCCCUCUAAAUUAACCAGCAGAAGGGUAAGAAUCACCUUACAGUAUAGUGUACCUCAGCACACAAUCAACACAAAGCUCAACUUCAACAAUCAGGUCAAAGAAUAGCUAUCACCUUUCUGAUCGUGUCAACAAAAAUGAAAGUACAGAAGCUUUGUAAGAGAAGGAUUUAUGGCAGAGCUGUUGUAUUGUGUUGCGUUACAUUGCCAGUGUGUUCAUAUAUCAUGGCUGGUUGAUGUAUUUGAAGUCAAAAGAUGUAAUUCAUUGGAUUAUAAAUGAAGAAGGCCCCCAUAUAAAUUGAGAAAGGAAAUUAAAAUUGUUUACAGCAGCUGUACAUACAACAUAAACAUUUGUACCAGGUAAAAAAAAAAAUGAAUAAAUUAGAUAAAAGAACUACGGCAAAAAAAAAGAGAGAAAUGAAAGAGAAGAGCAGUAUGAAGACAAGCGUAAGAAAAAUAUAAAAGAGAAAAAGGAUCAGUGGCAACAAAAAACAGGUACAGAUGUGAUGAUGAUGAUGGUAUUGAUAUUGCUCAUGAUUGAUAAAUAAUUAGGGGUGUAGUAUCUCUUGCUUUGUAUUCUUUACACUGUACCUGUGUUUACAACUUGUCUGACAGAAGCUGCUGAAUAACUGCUGCUUAGUCAGUGGACCCAGAUCUUUAUUUGACAGGUUACUGUAUUUUUCGCACUAUUAGGCGCACUUAAAAUCCUUUUGGCUUGUCAGAGCACUGCAGCUACCAUAGCCUUGGUAACCUUGGUAGCUGCAUUGAAUGAGUUAAAUGAAGUUUGACUUACCUGACUGUUUUGUUUGGCCUAAUGCGCUUUAUAAUCCGGUGCGCCUUAUGUAUGAAAACAGAUGCGCUCAUUGAUGGUGCGCCAUAUAAUCCGGUGCGCCUUGUAGUGUGAAAAAUACAGUAAUUGUAACCACACAGAGUGAGAACUUUUCAUGCAGUUUAUUCCAGUAAAUUCAGACUGCCAUGAUAUGUUUAUCAAAAACACCAAUAAAAACCCUGACACCUAUGAAGACUGACCACUCAAUGACUAGAUUGUUGAUCGUUUUCGUCUGUGAUCAUAAAUGGCUACUGUCCAAGCUAGCCUCAUGCCACAGAGAACAAUUUAGCCACUUUUGACUAUUGCAUAUCAGGGAGGAUGUUUACCCAUUUGAAGUAACUCUUUGGGCUCCUGGAAAUUGAAAAUGUUAUGAUUGUUUCCUGUCUCAGAAAAGUCAUUUACAGUGUCAUUACGUGUCCCCCAUUCUCACCACGCUCAGGAGACACAACGGUUGAUGGCAGAGCCUGUUCCAGGGAUCACAGCAACACCUGAUGACGAAAAUGCACGUUACUUCCAUGUGGUCAUUGCAGGGCCUCAAGACUCUCCUUUUGAAGGAGGCACAUUUAAACUUGAACUAUUUCUUCCAGAGGAGUAUCCCAUGGCAGCUCCCAAAGUGCGAUUCAUGACCAAAAUCUACCACCCCAAUGUUGACAAACUGGGAAGAAUAUGUUUAGACAUUUUGAAAGGUAAGAGAUGUUUUAGUAAAAUGAGCACUAUUAUAACUCAUUAAAGCUGCAUUUGGCUAUUUCAUGCAAGUCUUAAAAAGAAAAUAUCAACUUUCUUAUCAGUUUGAGUCAUUAUUCCCAGCAUGAUGUUGAGUAGAUUCUCAUCCUGAAGGUUUAACCAUGUAUAAUGUAAUACAUGAAAGUCUUGUUUUCAGUCACACUGAAGCUUGAUCCAAUUCUUACUUACUGUUAGAUAAAAGAUAAAAUAAUCACUUCCUCUUCAUCCGGUUAUGCAAAGAACUUUUUUAAGUCUUCCACUUUAGUAAACUGAUUAUCUCCCUUCCUGAAUCACAAAAAAGCUCCUAAAGAUGUCACAUCUGAGAAGUGAUUGUCGGUAUUUUUUAUGAUUUGAAGAUCGAAUUACUACUCCUUUAGUCAAAAUAAAAUAAUCUGAGCUGCUAUAAAUUCAUGUCUAAGUGGUUGCCCGAUGGACUACAGGGAGCUGUUGGGGUUUUGUUUCAAGCUGCUGAGUAAAACAAUCAUCCCGCAGGAGCUAAAAGCAGCACAAAGCUGUGAGGCUGGAUGAUGAUGCCCAGUGAACUCAGUGAUAUUUACACUCCACAGAGUCAAAGUUCACAGUCUCAUUUGAUUGAGCAUCAUUGUCAAAAGCAUUAUGUAGAUUAAUCCACACAUACAUGACAUUUUUAUACUCUGGAUGUUUUAAAGUCAGUUGUAACACAAUGUUGAGACACUGCAGGGGUUAAAAUCCUUGAAACAUACCAGAAAAGUAGCAGGGAGGCCAUUAUUCUCUACCAAACAUGAACAAGAAGCAGUCGUACUGGGGGUGAUUUAAGACAAGUUGAAACAUAUCCAAAACCCAGAAAGUGCCAAAUCACACUUCACUAUAUAAGAGUAGAAUGAGGAGGAGAAUGCAGGAUUUAUUCUCAACAGCAGAAUGUGUCUUAAUGUUUGAAAAUUACCUUUUUAAAAAUAUGAAAUAGCCGAAAAGCAGCUGCUUGUGUUUGCUUGAAGCAAUCCUGUGAGACCAAAGCUCAGGAGCUGAUGUGAUUACAGCCAUUAAAUCAAGUUUGGAGGUAAACAACUUAAGCUCAUUUCAGUGGCAGGAGCAGAACAGACAUCAGCGCAGAGGGAGUUGCCAAACUCACAAUGGUAAUGAAGAAAAUAAUAAAUCAGACUGAUUUGCAAGAGCAGUGUUCGACAGUAAACGUCCAUGAGCUUGUAUUUCAUUUUGUUUUAAUUUUCUUGCAAACAGAUUUACGGGGUAGCUUUAUGACAAAGUGGAUCUGCAGUGUCACUGUUGAAGUCCCCUCCUCUCUGUAAACCCUUUCUAUGAACUCUCUUCCUUCCAGAUAAAUGGUCUCCAGCCCUGCAGAUUCGUACAGUGUUGCUAUCUAUUCAGGCAUUAUUAAGUGCCCCCAAUCCAGACGACCCCCUGGCAAACGAUGUCGCAGAACAGUGGAAGAAAAAUGAAGGCAUUGCCAUAGAGACAGGUGAUGACAAUCAUCAAUCCACACCUUUUAUUAUUUUAUACUUUAGUUACUUAACUACAGCUGCAAUUCUUUGAUAUCUUGUUAGUUUGAAAAACACUUGACUGGAUGGUAGAAAUAGUCAGACUGAGUGGUCUAUGAUGGAGACUUGCCAAUUCAGUCUACAUGUCAGGCCUCAAUGGCAUUUACAUGUUGCUGUCCCUCAUAAUCCAUUGCGACAUGUUUGUUCAAGAAGUUUGCACAGAAUGGUCUUUUCAGUGUCUGUGGUUUCCUGUUUGUAAGGUGUAUGUAACAUGCUGAAUGUUACGUCUUAAACAAACACUGGGUUGUACACUUCAUGCACGACUUUUACAUACAUCAGAUGAGACUGAAAGAAAAGCUACAGAGGUGCAUGAUUAGAGAGCAAGGGCGGCGUUGUGCAUGAAUGUGUCAGAUGAUUUGAAACUGAUCAAAAACUUUCCUGCCCUGAAAAGUGAAGAUCAGUCGUCUGUUUGUUUCCUCUGUAUAAAAAACCAAAAGUUAAUCACAUUUACGAUGACAAGUUCAUCAUUGUGGUCAGGGAAAAAAUGUGUGAUGUAAGAAACCUACACUAUGAGAUAGUCAUAAUGCCAUUACUAUUAUUGAAAAUGUGUAGACAAGUGGUUUUAACACUGAAAAUACCAUCGACUUCCCACCUUGGAUGACUGCAGCAACGACUUUUUUCUUGACAUUAAACUGCUGAAUGACUUUUUCCAUUGCACACGGCCACAGCUGCUGCAUUUUCUGCCUCCUACUAUCUGCUUUCACUGUGUGGAGUCAGCAGUCCAGUGGAGCCCAGGCUGCAGAAACUUUAAUAGUUACGAUGGUCGAGAUGCUUUAAUCGUUAAAAACAAUCAUCAUUUUGAGUCGGUUGCAGCAUUCAGGUUGUGAGGCUCAUCAGCUGUCCGAGCUCUCAGCUAUUUCUAAUUGAUAUUUUGGUAAUUAAGAUUGCAGUCAAGUAACUUGUUGGGUGACGUUGUUUGCAUCUGUGUUCACUCUGCAACACUUUCCUUAUCCACAGUCCUGUACAAUGUUUCCUCACUCACUCUCCACCUAUGUUUUUUUAUCUCUCUCUCGCCCCACUGCAGCCCGAAUAUGGACCAAGAGCUACGCGGGCAAGAGCGAUUAG